AGUCUGAAAGAGAGCUCAACUCUUGGACGCACCCUCUUUGCAAAGCACACUACUUAUCUUUAGAGAGAGAAGAAAAAGCUGUAUAAGUUUAUACAUUUAUGUAGUGUAUAUGUAAAUAAGCAGAAAAAGGCGAAGCAUUUUUCCCUCUACUGUUGGCAAGCCGAAAAAAAUGGAGCUUUUGCUGAUUUUCCAUUUAUAAAAUCUGGAGUGGAGACAGUUGGUUUUGCCAAAAGCAGUAUCUGCUUUAAGCUUUUGUACGUCAACUCUGGAUUGGACGGGCUUUUCUCAUGGGCAAAGUUGAUUUUGGAUGCUAAAAAUUAAGCCAAUGUUUAGUGGGAAAAAUGGGAAACUUGUAUUGGCAUGCCUCUUUAUGAAAGGCUCGCAUUUAUGAAUUACUAUGGACGAACCAUUCUCUUUUGAGUUGUAAUGAGAUAAAACCUCUAUUAAGGAACGAAAAGCUUGAGAUGUCCUCGUUGUUCGAUUAUUUCUUCUUCUUCUCUUAUAGGUGCUCUUGACAACAUUGUAAGCCACCACCUCAGACACACAGAUGUUGCAGAGGCAGAUACUGUUCAAACGGCUGCAGGAAAUGCAGCACCAGCAGCAACUUCGGGAGUUAAGUGAUGCAAGGCAACACAGCUUUGUAAAUCAGUUACCUUUUUUAACUAAACAGACUUCUGCUGGUCUUCACCCACCUCCAAUGAAUGGAAUGCCUGUCCAUGAUACAUCACAAAUGUUUAUGGUUGGUGACAUUAACUUGAUGCAACAUGGCACAUCACCAAUUAUGCAAGGGGUUCCUAAUGGAUUGGUUUUUUCACAAGCGCAAGGUCAGGCCAUUGGUUCAAAUGGGGUACUACCAGAGCAAUUUGAUGCGUCUUUAUAUGGGAGUCCUAUUGCAAGCUUAGGGAAUAAUAUGAAUCCAUACUUUCAUAUCCAAGAAGCAUCACAUAGUUCUGCCAGUAUGUUGAACAGGGGCAAUAAUAACCAAUGGGAGAUACCGGAGAUGCACUCAUCAACUAUCAACAACUCCCUUGGGAAUGAGCAAUUCAAUGCAUCUCAACAGAAAGUGUGCUUUUCAGAUAAAGCAUUUGUCUCCCAAAAUGUAACUGAAGAUAGGAAUAUGUUUGGACGACUUCUCUUGCAUGCUUCAGCUGAUGGAGUUCGACCUGCUAGCUUUCAGCAACAACAUGCCCUUCAAACUCAUACGGGAAUGAAUAAAUCUGGUUUGAGACAACAAGAAGCUGGUCGCUGUCUACCCUCUGCAGGGAAAACAUCAAAGACUGCAACUUCACUGGACCCUUUGGAAGAGAAAAUUUUAUUCAACACAGAUGACAACUGUUGGGGAUCAUCUCUUGGUCAACAAAGUAAUGUGGGUCUAGCAGGCUUUGAUAGUAACGGAGAGCAUGCAGAUUUUAUGGGCACUUAUUCUUCAAAUCAGAGUGGUACCUGGAGUGCUCUUAUGCAGUCUGCUGUUGCAGAAGCAUCUAGCAGUGAUACUGGACAACAAGAAGAGUGGAGCAGUUUAACCUUUCAGAACCCUGAGCUCUCAGAUGAUAAUCAGCAGACAAAUUACAUUGGUGAUGGGAAACAAAGUAGUUGGGUGGAUAAAAACUUACAUAGCAUCUCAUCUCCCACUUCAAAGUCUGAGAUUUCAUUUCAAAAUUCGAAUCCAAAUUGCAGCUUUCCUACACUACAGCAAAGUCACAAUGUGGUUAGACCAAAACAGGGAAUGCAUCUAGAUUCCCCCCAUGAUUUUGUUCAGCAGUCAUCUAAAAAUGCUCACAAGUGGUUUGAGCAAAAUCCUCAACACAAAGCAAAUGUUGAGGGAUGGCAACCGAUGCAAGCACGUCAACUGUUGCAAAAUGCUUGGCACAAUCAGCAAUCUGAAGAUUCCCAAAAUGAUAGGCAUCAACCAAGCAUAUUUCCUUGUACGAUGAGUGGCCAAUCAGGCACUAACCUAAUAGGAAAUGAGCUGAAUGAAAACGUGUGGUUGCACGAAAGUGGGUCUCAGCCGAUGGUUUGCGGAGGUCAAAGGUUACCUGAUCAGAAGCAAGCGUAUGUUCGACAGUAUGUUGAUAACAUUGCUAAUGUUGGGAUAAGCUCAGAAAAGGUUCUCUCUGCAGACUUUGAGACAAACUCAAGAGCAUCAGAGGAGUUGCCACCUAGAAAUAAUGCUGACUCUAUUGCUGCACUAUUUGAUAGUUCAGCUGCCUUUUCUGGCCAAAGAAUCAGUUAUAAUCCAAGUGGAAAUAGGCUUCAACUAAUGAACAAGGCUGACAAAUCUGUGGAGAUUAGGUCUGGGACACACUUGUGCUCAAGAGAUUUGGUUCCAUCAUCUCAACUAUCCCAAAUUGAAAAUUGUAAUUUGUUUUAUACUACCUCUGCUUCACAAGGCUUCAAUUUAAGGUUGGCCACUCCAUCUGAGCGCCUCCCAAAGUCAUGCUCUGCUUUUGGUUCUCCAUCACUGGCAAGUUCAAGUGCAAUAAAUGCUUCAGGUCCUUUGUAUCUCAACAGCCGGCUUCAAAAUCAGUGGCUUGCUGUUACACCUGUGGAAGGUCAAAUGCCCCAUGUAGCACUUCCUGCUUUUACAGGCAUACUUCAAGCGAGUGCUGCUACCCCUGAAGCAUCUGAUCUGUUUCAAACCAGUUUGCAAGGUGAAGAAUUUCCAAGAUUAGAGAGUCUGCCAGUCACUCAGCUAACUUCAACAUCUUGUGUGCCUCAGCAGAUCAGACAUUCUAUGAGGCUGCCAAAUAUGUCCCAAAAUUCACCUAGUCAGACAGAGGUGCUGCAAUCAGAUGUGCCCAAUGUGUUCUCAGUUUCACUUUCUUCCCCAGAUUCAACAAAUAUCAAUGCACAUACUGCUAGAGGGGCUCAGCUUCAGCAGUACAAGCAAAUCUCAUUCCAAGAUGGAGUUAAUAUCAAAGAAACAAAUGCCUGUUCACCAACAAGACAAGGUUAUGACUCUAAGGAAGACCAGAUGGAUCAACUGAACCCAUCAGGAGUAUCCACCCCUUUUACACAUGAUACAUUAGAUCAUGGGCAUGAAGCUGUUGGGAAGCAUAUGUUAGGAGCACGUGCUACUGCCUCUGUUCCAAUGAACACUGCUACACACUGUCGGGCAUUUGAUAGAGUGGAGCACAGAGACAACAAUGCUCCUAAUGUUUCUGGGAAUGAUAAUGAUGUUUCUCUCAGAUCUUUGAGUCCCCCUGAUCUCCAGCAAAAAUUUACUCUGCUACACCAGCAGGUAAAUGGACAUGCAAGGAUGUUAUAUGGGCUUAAGUCAGGGGUCACAAAUUUGGCAGUGGGUGACCAAAAUCCGAAUUCACAGUUAAAUUCUGACAAUGAGCCUAUGACUUGCUCAUCAAAGGUAAUUAGAGAUCAGCCAGGCAAACCUUCAUCUAAGGUCUUCAUCCACUGUGGAAUAUUAAAGUUCGAAGAAAAUGGCAUUCAUAGUCAUCCUAAAGCGCAGUCCCAAGUUAAUGUGCAAAUGGCCCCAUCCUGGUCUGAACCCAGUGGAAGUAUGAAGAAUGGGCAGAUGCUAUCAAUGUAUGAUUUGAUGCAUUCUAAGGAAGUUGCUAAACAGUUUUCAAUUGGGCAAGUAAAUUCAUCUAUUGCCAGUCUACCAAGCAGCAUAUUGCCAAAUUCAGCUACCGAGAUGGUACCAGCUAAAGAGCUACAACCUCUAUUUGUCAUGCCAUUAGAUGACGGUCAACGAAAUUUGGCUGUUUCUGCUCCUAAGAAGCGAAAACUUGCUGCCUAUGAUAUUCUUCCAUGGCACAAAGAAGUAACUAAUGUUUCGCAGCAGCUUCAGAAAGUUAGCAGCAUGGCAGAAUCCGAAUGGGCAUUAGCUUCAAAUCGAUUAAGUGAAAAGGUAGAGGAUGAAGCUGAAAUGGUGGAGGAUGUAUUUCCAAUAUCUCGAGCAAAGAAAAGGCUUUUAUCGACAACACAGCUUACGCAAAAAAUCUUUCGACCUGCACCAAUUGUCCUCUCACCAGAUGCCUUGUCAAACGCUGAGAACAUGAUAUAUUUUGUUGCUCGAUUAGCCCUGGGUGAUGCUUGCAGCAUGACGAGUAGUUCUAAAAGGCCGCCUCUCACCAGUGACAUGUCUUCUAAGGAUCUGAAAACCUCUGAGAGAGUUGGUCAGCUGGACUUUUUCGAAGCUGUAGAGAAGUUCAUUGAUCGAGCCAAAAGGCUUGGAGAUGAAUUGUUCAGACUGGACAAGACUCUGUCAUUUGUGGACAUAAAAGUGGAUUCCCAGGAAUUGGAGAGGUUCUCUGUCAUAAACCGAUUUGCUAAGUACCACAGUAGGGGACAUAUUGUUUCAGUUAAUACAUCAUCCUCUGGUGCAAAUCCUGGUGUACACAAAACGUCCCCUCAGAGAUAUGUCGUAGCACAUCCAAUGCCUAAAGUGGUGCCAGAAGGGGUUAAUUGCAUCUCCUUGUGAUCCUGAACGAUCUAAACUAAGUCUUUGUAGUACUUAUCCCUUUAUUUGCAGUCUGCAACUCCAUAAUACUUGGGCUAUGUUGGAAGAAUAGAAAAUACCUAUGCUUGGAACGCAUUAGUGGCCUGGGAGCUGGAAUAGAAAAUCAGGGACAAGCUCCCUGCUAGCUAGGAUGCCGGCUGAUCUUUUUACCACCAAGAGGGGUUUGCUGCUGUGAAAUUUUGAGGGAAUUUGUACGCUUCAUUUAUACAUAGCAAGUGAAUCAUCCCCUCGAUAGCAACUAGGUGAGGCAACGUGCAGUUAAAUAUAUAUAUCAUCAGGAUGCAGCAUAACUGAAUUAAAAUGUAAUAGCAUGGUAGAUUUGGAUC